GGAACGAAGCGCCCAAAAGAAGUGUGUCAGCCGAAAGGACCCCAGAAGCGAUCACCGAGGCGCGUUCCGCGCCCCGUGAGAGCUCUGAACUUCCCCCUGCCAAAGGCGCCGAGAAAGCUGCUCUUUUGGGAAAAUACCUGAGGCUCGCUCUCGAGGGAAAAGGUCCCAGAGAAGCACUUGAAAACUGCACAACGCCCAGUUGUGGGCCACACGAGACCUGGGAAGAGCUUAAGGACCAAGCAACACAGUAUGUCGCGAAGCUCCCCAAAGAAUACCCUCAACUAGCCAAGAAGGCGAUCAUCGAACUGGUUACUGAGGAUUGCCCCCCCAGUGGGCUCGAGUCCGAGGGUGAAGACCCUGUCUUGAGCAUUCGGACCCCAGCAAGCCAGAGCCCCUUCUCAGGAGAGUUGGCAGGAACCCCCCAAGUUGCAACGCCAGCACACAAUGUGGUUCCAUCCCGGGCCACACCACAAGCCGGUUCUAAUCUUCAAGCGUUUUUCAGACCCAAAGGAUCUCAAGACCUCCCCACUGGGAUGACAGCCAAUCCCUCCGGCACCAUACCAGAUGCUGCUAGGAUCUUUGCAGCAGCCUCUCGGCCUAGGCACAUCGGAGCCUACAGUGACGCAGAGCCACCGCAACUUGACGAGACCUCAAAAGCUCUCCAGACGAUUGCAAAGGCCAUGGCAGCCAAAGACGAGGCAGCCGGACAAGAUCGUGGCAAAGUUGCGGCUAUUGGAAAAGUGGAGGAGAGACUCGUUCUCCUGGUCAGGGGAUGUGACGCCUUCAAUGUCUCGCUGGGGGCAGCAACUGUUGGGAAAGAACUUUUCCACGCCCUCCGAGCUACGUCCACUCAAGGGAGACCUCAGCUCAGAGCGAUGCAGUUCCCUGUAAAUAUCAGCAACCGGAUCGCUUAUGGGUUAGCAGCAAUGCGCAUCGGUGGCAAAGACAUCAAGUCAUUGCCUGAGUACUGCAUUUCGGCUGCGCUCACCGGAGAAGAGGAGUUCGACAACUGGGCCGGAUGUGCCGACCUCAAGCUUGAGAAGAGACCAAAGGUUCCGGUCACCCUGAACGCUUGGUAUCGAAAUGCCUUGGGCAAGCCUAGGUACACUGAAGAGAUGAGAGACUUGGAUCGCAACCUACGGCGGGCGAUGAAAGAGGAAGCACCAUCUUUCGAACGUAUGCGGUUUUUUGCGACCACACCCGAAGAAGACGGUGAACCGUGGUUGAGACUCCCCAUAACCUUUUACUUGGAAGACCCCAGCGAGUACUUCCAGACUGAUGUACUGCCCCGGCACAACCGUAUGCUGUCUCGAGCCUGCUGGCAAGUCGCAUUGAAGAAAAGCCCCAACAACCCCCUCCAUGGAGGAAAGGCCGGCGAGGGAACCGAGGCGUCGGAAUCGCGCCUGGGGCCCAAAACCGGCAAGAAUCAGGAACCCAAGGGGCUGAUGGGACCCAAUCUCACUGGGAGAGAAGCAGCUCGAGCACUUGACCACAGGCCCAAGGACAAGAAGGGUGCCAAAUACCUCUGUUGGGACAAUUUGUCCCACAGGGGGCGCAACAAGCCCACUGCGUGCCCACAUUCCCACGCCACAGGGGUGAAAUGGGAAGGAAUGGAUUGGGCCGCCCAAUUCCAAAUCCUUCGAAGAGGUGGACUGAAAAGCGGCCCCUCCUUGACGGAAGCCCAAGUUGUUGAGCAAAUGGAAGCAAUCCGCAAGACACAAGCUUCGAAAACCAAGGAGAUGGUGGAAGAAGGGAAACGAGCCAAGAAAGUGGGAGACAAUGAAAACUCCAAAAACCAGCAAAGCUCCCCAGAUCAAAAGGUGGGACAAACGCCGCCAGAUCAAACUGAGCCAUCCCUCGAGGAUGAAAGCUCUGAGGCUCCUCCUUUGGAACUGACCGGGAUCAACCCCACCGACCAAGAGCAAGAGAUGGCUGAGUUGCUAAAGGGCCCAGACUUCUCUCUUUAUGAAGAUGUCGACGCAGGGAAGGUAAAACGGACUGUGACCUUGGAACCCGGGAAAUUCGACGAACAGGCAAAGCCUCGACUGGCUCACAUGAGCUCAAUUGACCAACAGGGACUCACCGAAGGAUAG